UGUAUCACUGAUUGAUUGUAUUUGUGGUUCCUCCAGGUUAUGCAGUUCAAGCCACCAGAAGAUGUUGAUUUGAAUCAGCUCUUACUGUCAGACGAGGAAGCUGUCCAUAAAGCUCUGCACAAACUAGCAGAAUCUGUCAGGGUAAGACAUCUUCCACUUUUCCCUCCAUUUGAAGAUUAUGACAAAGUUCACAGAGGAAAUGUGACCACAGGGCAAUUUAAGCGUGUCUUGGAUGAUUUGAGUCUGAUGCCUCACCUAAGCCAGUUUGAGUUGAACCUGAUUUGUCUCAAGUUUGGUGUCAUAAUAGGAGGAAGACAUGACAUCAAUUAUAAUGCUUUCUGUCUCCUUGUUGAAGACUAUGCUCAGACCAAGUGGAAUGAGCAAUAGAACAUCUUGUGUUGUGUACAUGUACAUGUAAUGUAUUCUAUAGUUGACAAUAUUAUACGCACGUGAAUACACGUGGGUAGAUUGCUGACCACGCCUAUAAGGUUGGUAUAAGACAACCCAUUCUUCCAUUCUCCAUUUUGGCUGCUCGCAGUCCUCGACUAUUGCUUAUACUCGUUCCUGGUCUUGCUGUGUGUUAGGGAUAGUUCUCCUCCUUUUCAUACUACCCAGUUAGUGAAGCUAAAGUUGUGAGCAACUCGACAGACAGCCACUAAAUGGAGCCAGAAAACAAAGACAAAUCAAUGAAGGAAUAUGAGGAAGAAAUAGAACAACUAAAGACGUUGAAUGAAACGUUACAAACUCAUGUUGAUUUAAAAGAAGUACAGAGUGCAGUUUACAAACAAGACUUUGAAGCUGAAAGGAAUGACAGGCAAAGAAUACAUGAAGAAUGUGAAACUCUUAAAACAAGAAUGGAGGAAUUAUUGGCACAGCAUGAAGCUGAUAAACAAAUAAUAAAGACUCAAGAUGAAGAAAUAAAAGUUUUAAAAAGACAGCUUGAUGCUUCCAUUAGUCAGAAUCAAGAAGAUAAAAUGCAAGCACUAAGAGACGAAAAAGAAAGUCUUCUGAAGGCUUACGAUCAAGAAAGAACAAGAGCUAAUAGACUAGAGGAACAAAUUGAACUAAUGAAAGAAGCCAAUAAUAUACAAACUCGCUCAAGGAGAAGCUAUUCUUAUUCCUCGUCUCAUCAUUACGAUUCCUUUCCAUCUGACUCUGAUUCUUUUUCUCCUCCUCCAUUUGCCCAUCAAUCAGUCGGUGAUUCUUCAUAUUUUCCUUUUAAUCUGACCCCCUCACCCUCUCCUCACAUCAGUAAAGAAGAAAUAA